AUGUCAAAAGAUGAGCUGAGCAAAUUAAUUGUGCGAGGUAGAAUUAAAGCGAAGUUAACCGCGUUUAGCACAUAUCUCGAAAGAGCAGCAACAGAGUCCGUAAAGAUCGCGGAAUUGCCCAUCAGAUUAGAGAAGGCGGAAGGGUUCUGGCAAGAGUUUGAUAUAACUCAAUCACAAAUUGAAGAUUUAGAGAAUACAGUAGCGCAAUUUACUGAGAGAGAAAAUUUCGAAAACUUAUACCAUGCCAUUAUAACUUCUGCCAGGGCACUUCAGUCGCGUCAAGAUCAAGCAAAUCGGCCAAGUUCAGUAAACUCUGUACCUGAGAGGUCAGUAGGCAAUCCACAAGUUAAUGUUUUUGCUCAGCCGGUAGGACCCACCAAAGUAAAGUUGCCAAACAUAGAAUUGCCAAAGUUUGACGGGAGCUAUAAUAAAUGGAUUCCAUUUCGCGAAUUGUUUGAAUCUCUUAUAGACGCUAAUGCGGCGCUACCAGCAAUUCAAAAAUUACAUUAUUUAAAACUGGCAUUAACUCAUGAGGCCGCUAAAGUAAUACAAUCGUUAGAGCUCUCUAAUGCCAACUAUGAAAUUGCAUGGGACCUACUGAAACAGAGAUACGAAAACAAACGAUUAAUAGUACAUCAUAUGCAAGAAUUGCUUGAUCUGGCACCAAUUGUAAAGGAGUCUCACGCUGCCUUGCGACAAUUUAUAGAUGGCAUUUCACAACAUAUUCAGCCUUUAAUUAAAUUAGGACAGCCAGUAGAACAUUGGAAUACAAUUUUAAUUCAUAUUUUCACGCCUAAGUUAGAUAAAAUUACUAAGCGAGAAUGGGAGUUGAAAAGAGCUACGAUAGAUACAUUCCCCACACUAAAUGAAUUUAUUGAAUUUUUGAAUACUCGCAGCGCGUUUCUUGAAUCACUGUCUUACUCAGCUAAUAAUACAAACUCUGUUUCCAGCGUUAAUAAAUCACAUAAUAAAGCUGUCAUAUGCGCAUGUGUGUCGGAAGAGAAAUCAAGUUGUCCUGUUUACCAAGGUAAUCAUGAACUACCUGAUUGUGGCACCUUUCGUAAGUGGUCUGCGGCAGAGCAUAUGACAGAAAUUAAGAAAAGGCGACUGUGCAUCAGGUGUUUGAAGAAUUUUCACGGCAGGAACUGCAAGGCGUCAGAAUGCAAACGGUGCAAAGGCUAUCAUCAUACCAUGCUACAUCUCGAGAAAACGAUAAAGCCGGACAAAGAAGCAAAUCAGACGGAGCCUUCUACAGGAGCAACCAAGACGUCGGCGACAGAUAAACAGAUCGUUGCCACGGUCACUCAGGCACCAACAACCACAUUGAUGCAUUGCGCCACUAAAGGACCGCUACAAGUAAUGUUAGCAACGGCCAUAAUCUAUAUAAAGGAUCAAAAAGGCAUACUUCAUGAAUGUCGAGCUUUCUUGGACAGUGGUUCCCACUCCAAUUUUAUCACCUGCAAACUCAGUGACCGCCUUCAAUUGCUGAAACAACAAACCACAAUGACGAUCACCGCAAUUAAUGAAAUUCCUGUAAAAACUAGUCAGCAAAUUACGGCAACAAUCCAAUCUCGCUACAACGCAUUUCAAGCAACGCUUCCAUUUUUCACCAUUCCAAAAAUCACCAAGAGGCUGCCACUAAAUAAAGUAGACUUGAGGAAGGUCGAAAUUCCAGAAAGAAUUCAGUUAGCGGACCCGGAAUUUCAUAUACCGGCUACCAUAGAUAUACUAUUGGGAGCGAGUGUCUUUUGGGACCUUCUGUACGUAGGACAAAUAAAGAUAUUCAAGCAGCAGCCAACGUUCCGAAAGACACAACUUGGAUGGAUAGUUGCAGGAGCAAUGGAGCUCCACCACAUGCCGACAACAAUGACGACGUAUUGUGGCUUCUCCUCAGAACGGACAUUGUGCGAUCAAUUGCAAAAAUUCUGGCAGAUAGAAGAGAUUACAUCGAGCCGCCAUUUAUCACAGGAGGAGACAACUUGUGAAAAACAUUUUACUGACACAAUCAGACGGACGGAGGAUGGUAGAUUCGUAGUACAAUUGCCACUAAAGAGAAAUCCUUCGAAACUGGGAGAUUCCUAUGAAAUAGCGAGAAAGAGAUUUCAAUCAAUUGAACGCAAAUUAAAUAAGGACCCCACAUUAAAGAAGGAAUAUCAUGCAUUUAUACAGGAAUACUUGCAGCUGGGCCGUAUGUCGGAAGUUGAAGAAAGGGACAGCACCGUCAAACAAGCUAUCUGCCGCAUCAUGCGGUGA